AUGGUCUCAGACAACGCACAACAAACGUUCAACAUGGAUACACCUAAUAUCGCCGUACCAUCCACACCGCCUUCGUCUCCAAGCCCUUCUCCAAGCCCGGCUCCGAGACAGUCACCGAUUAACAAAUCUCCUCCCACAUGGCGCUUCUCAAGUCUGGAAAGCAUGCUCGAGUACAAAGAGAAGGGAACUUCGGUGACAACAUCAGAGAUAAACUCGUCAGAAUAUGCUGCUAGCAUAACGAAUGACCGUGUAUUCCGAUCGACUGCUGCCGAGGUGGCAUUUUGUUUUAGCAUGGGCUUGACCCAGCUCCUAGCAGGCUUGGCCAUCGCCGCUUACACACCAAGCAGCUUUGCUUUAUUCGGUGCCAUCUAUCCAGUUGGUCCUCGGAAANAUCUCGUCCUGGGUAUUUAUGCAGCUUCCUCGCCUCUCGGGUUCUUUAUCGGCAUCUUGGUCGCUGCCGGGCUCCCAGCUGAUAAGUGGAACUGGUGGUUCUGGAUUGCGGCAAUCAUGGCUUUUGUCGCAUUGGUCUCUGCUUACGUUUCUGUACCAUCAGAUCGUGCCGACAGACAGGAACUGAACCUUACUAUGGAUUGGAGUGGCGCCGUAACUAUUACUUCUGGUCUGAUCCUUGUCGCAUAUGCGCUGGCUGCUAGCUCUGGCUCACUCAACGCUUGGAAAACUCCAGGCAUCCUGGUUCCCUUUAUUACCGGCCUUGUAUGUCUAGGACUUGCACUCUACGUUGAGGUCUGGUGGGCGAGUUGUCCGUUGCUGCCGAAGAAGUUCUUCAAGCCAACAUGCUUUACACCAUUAAUCAUCGCAUGUGUUUUCUUCUACGGCAGCUUUGGUGCAUGGCUCUUCACAACUACCAGUCAUCUCACACUGGCAUACGGUGUUACUGGUCUCAAAAUGGCAUUGUGGUGCGCACCCUUGGCCAUCGGUGGCAUCCUCUGCGGCCUUGUCAGCGGCCGCUUGAUACACCAUGGCUCGCCAACAUGGACUCUGCUCAUCUCAGCCGUGGCUUGGGUAGCAGCUCCACUCUUGCUAGCUCUCGGCAGCACCUCUAUGGGCUACUGGCCCUUCGUCUUCCCAGCCAUGAUCUGCGCCACAGUAGGCGUCGACAUAACCUACAACAUCGCCAAUCUCGUCUUAUCCAGCCUGUCUCCACUAAAAUGGCAGGGUCUUGCUGGAGCUGUCAACAGCACAACUGUCAAUCUUGGCAUUGCUUUCUCUCUUGCCAUCACACAGGUUAUUCAGACAGCAACAGAGGGCCAAAAUCCCAGUGUUGAUGACAGACUUCGUGGACACCGUAACUGUUAUCUGUUUGCUGCUGCUAGUGCUGCAGUCGGACUUGCGAUUACAGCUGUUUGUGUCAAGAUUCCGAGAGAGUGUGUCCGGCCAAAGAAGGACGAUGAUGCACAGAUGUCCAAAGAUGGUGCUGACCAG